GGCAGCGGGGGGAGGCGGGAGGAGUGGAGAUGGCGGCGGCGGCGGCGGCUCCGGGGGGCGGGGGCGGGGAGCCCAGGGGAACUGCUGGGGUCGUCCCGGUGGUCCCCGGGGAGGUGGAGGUGGUGAAGGGGCAGCCAUUCGACGUGGGCCCACGCUACACGCAGCUGCAGUACAUCGGCGAGGGCGCGUACGGCAUGGUCAGCUCAGCCUAUGACCACGUGCGCAAGACCAGAGUGGCUAUCAAGAAGAUCAGCCCCUUCGAGCAUCAAACCUACUGUCAGCGCACGCUGAGAGAAAUCCAGAUCUUGCUGCGAUUCCGCCAUGAGAAUGUCAUAGGCAUCCGAGACAUCCUCAGAGCACCCACCCUGGAAGCCAUGAGGGAUGUUUACAUUGUUCAGGACCUCAUGGAGACGGACCUGUACAAGCUGCUAAAGAGCCAGCAGCUGAGCAAUGACCACAUCUGCUACUUCCUCUACCAGAUCCUCCGGGGCCUCAAGUACAUUCACUCGGCCAAUGUGCUGCACCGGGACCUGAAGCCCUCCAAUCUGCUUAUCAACACCACCUGCGACCUUAAGAUCUGUGAUUUUGGCCUUGCCCGGAUUGCUGACCCUGAGCACGACCACACUGGCUUUCUGACCGAGUAUGUGGCCACACGCUGGUACCGAGCCCCAGAGAUCAUGCUUAACUCCAAGGGCUACACCAAAUCCAUUGACAUCUGGUCUGUGGGCUGCAUUCUGGCUGAGAUGCUCUCCAACCGGCCUAUCUUCCCCGGCAAGCACUACCUGGACCAGCUCAACCACAUUCUAGGUAUACUGGGUUCCCCAUCCCAAGAGGACCUAAAUUGUAUCAUUAACAUGAAGGCCCGAAACUACCUACAGUCUCUGCCCUCUAAAACCAAGGUGGCUUGGGCCAAGCUUUUUCCCAAAUCUGACUCCAAAGCUCUUGACCUGCUGGACCGGAUGUUAACCUUUAACCCAAACAAGCGCAUCACAGUAGAGGAAGCACUGGCUCAUCCUUACCUGGAACAGUACUAUGAUCCGACAGAUGAAGUAAGCCGGCCACCAGCGGCUGGGAGGGGAAUUAGUGUUCCCAGUGUCCGGCCUGUGCCUUACUGUCUUUGCCCCCAGCCAGUGGCUGAGGAGCCAUUCACCUUUGACAUGGAGCUGGAUGAUCUCCCCAAGGAGCGGCUGAAGGAGCUGAUCUUCCAAGAGACAGCCCGCUUCCAGCCAGGGGCAACAGAGGCCCCCUAACAAGAACAGACACCCCUGUCCUUUUGGACCUGGUCCUGCUCCUACCUGCUCCUUCUCUGCAGAUUGUUAGAAAAUGAACUUUGCUCAACCCGGACCCCGGCAGCCCAGGCUGGACCAAGGGUGGGCCUGGCCACCCCCUCUCACUCUGCUGGGGUCUCCUGCUUCAAGCAGGCUUCUCCCACUCCAGUCCCCUGCCCCAUCUCCCCUUGACCUGAGUGAUGAGGUGGCCCCAGAGCUGAUCUCUGCUGCUGUGUCUUUAUCUAUCCCUGCUAGCCCCAGCUCUGGUAGACGGUUCUGGAAUGGAAGGGCUAUGACUGCCCUAGGACCUGUGCUACGGAGGGGUGGAGGGCACUGAGUAGGCUAAGCUCUGCCCUACUCAUCCUGUUGGAACCCCACCCCAUUUUCCCUGACAGAACAUUCCUAAGUCUCAAGGGCUAGUUUCCCUGAGGAGCCAGGCCUAGGCCUAACCCUCUCCCUCUCAAGCUGCCACAUGUAACGCCCUUGCUGCUUCUGUGUGUGGGUGAUUGGAUGUGGAGGUGGGGCCCGUGGAGAGCCCGUGCCCCUCCCCACCUCCCUGUGCCUGUAUCUAAUAUAUAAAUAUAGAGAUGUGUAUAUGGA